AUGGAUAAAAGUGUUGAUGCCGAGAUUGUGAUCGUGGGAGGUGGUAUAUGCGGCCUUGCGACAGCCCUUGCCCUUCACAGGAAGAGAAUUAAAAGUGUGGUGUUGGAAAGAUCAGAGACUGUACGAGCAACAGGAGCAGCUAUAAUAGUGCAGACAAAUGGGUGGCGUGCACUUGAUCAGCUUGGUAUUGGUUCAACACUUAGAGAAACUGCUAUUCAAAUACAGAGGUAA